AUGGCAGUAGAUGAAUUGGAAUACCAGUGGGAUUUCUCUCAUCUCUUUUCAACUCACCAGUAUGGACAACUUCUCGCUGUGGUAUCGUUGUAUGAGAAUUUCUUUGCUCGGUCGGACAAGCUCAGAAUUAUGGAUGGUAGAUGGAAAAAGGAACGAUUAUGUGAAAAGUAUUGGUAUCAGUGGGAAAGGUGCAAUGCAAUUGUGCUUUCAUGGUUAAUGAAUGCAGUUACUCCUAACCUAAUUAGUGGAAUCGCCUAUGCCACCAAUGCACAUGCAGUAUGGAUGGAUCUACAAGAUCGAUUUGAUAAGCUUAAAGAUCUUUGGGAUAAAGCUGAGGCACUAGAGCCUAGUCCUGGUUGUGAUUGUGUCACUUAA